AUGCUAUACAUAAUCGGAUUAGGGUUAGGUGAUGAAAAAGACAUCACACUCAAAGGCUUAGAAGCAAUUCAAAAAUGCGACAAGGUUUACAUGGAAGCCUACACUUCUCUUCUCUCCUUUGGCCUCUCCCCAAACGGUCUCUCCCAUCUCGAAAACCUUUACCGUAAACCCAUUAUUCUUGCUGAUAGGGAAAUGGUUGAAGAAAAAGCUAAUGAUUUUCUCUCCCAAGCUCAGCUUUCUCAUGUUGCUUUUCUCGUUGUUGGUGAUCCUUUCGGGGCUACAACUCAUACUGAUCUUGUUGUUCGGGCCAAGGAGAUGGGAGUUGAGGUUAAAGUUGUGCAUAAUGCCUCCGUUAUGAAUGCUAUUGGGAUUUGUGGUUUGCAGCUUUAUCGAUAUGGGGAAACUGUUUCCAUACCGUUCUUUACGGAGACAUGGACACCUGAUAGCUUCUAUGACAAGAUUCAGCAGAAUCGGAAUUUGGGACUUCAUACACUUUGCUUAUUAGAUAUUCGGGUGAAGGAGCCUACGUUGGAGUCCUUGUGCAGAGGAAAAAAAGCCUAUGAACCACCUAGAUAUAUGACGAUCAACAAAGCCAUUGAGCAAUUAUUGGAGAUUGCACAAGCACGUGAAGAUUCCGCCUACACCGAAGAUACCGAGUGUGUUGGGCUUGCUCGGAUUGGAAGUGAAGAUCAGAUGGUAGUAGCUGGUACAAUGAAGCAACUACAGUUGAUUGAUUUUGGAGCGCCUUUACAUUGCCUUGUCAUAACAGGCAAUACCCAUCCUUUGGAGGAAGAAAUGCUGAAUUUCUAUCGAUGCAGGACGUUGCUUGGUGCUGUCAGAGGAGAAGCUGAAUUUAAGUUUUUACUGUUUCUGGAAAAUGUGAGAAUGGGUUUGUAA